AUGUCGGAGCACGGCGACAGCGACGUGGACGCGACGGAGGAGAUCAACGUGGACGACUCGGACUCCCGCAGCUGCAGUCCGCGAAAUUACGCGGGCCACGACGGCCGCCACGUGUCCCAGGAGACGUCCGAGUGCUCCACCUCGCCGCCGCCCAGCCAAACCGGCGCGAGAACAUUGCCAAAUGACUCGUCGCGGAGUCAUCCGUUUAGCAUAAGCCGCCUGCUGGGCGAGAGCGGCGUCCAGAAUCCCAAGAGCCCGUCCUCGGAAGAACCGGACAGCGACAAGGAGAGGAAGUGGUCCUGGGAAGAGGGCAACAACAACAACAACAAUAACAACAACAACCAGGCGUCGUCGGGCGGCGUUCUGGACGACGGCAGGCGGUCCUGGGGCCACGACGCCGAGGAGAAGCUGUCGGAGAAGGACGACGACGACAGCACGCCCGACACCCGCGCCAAUUCCUCCUCCUCGUCGUCCGUGCACUGCGCCUCGGCGGCCGAUCUGCUCGCACCGCACUUCAGACUCUUCCCGACCGGCACCGGUCUCAUCUACACCGGCGGCGGCGUUAUCAGGGUGCCGGCGCAUCGGCCGCCGGGCACGAACGGCGCUCCGACUGGCGCCCUGUCCGCGCAGACCCUGAUACCACCCUGGAGCCUGCAGGCUCUUCAGCACAGCCAGCAGCAGGCCGCAGCGGCCGGUCUGCACCGGGCGAGCCUCCUGGCGAAUCUCGCCGCGCAUCCUUUGCAGGCGCAUCCGCAUCUUAAGGACAGACUAGCAGUGGCCGGCGCGUUUCCGAGGCGGAUCGGCCAUCCCUAUCAGAACCGAACGCCGCCGAAGAGGAAGAAACCGAGGACGAGCUUCACGAGAUUGCAAAUCGCCGAGCUGGAAAAGCGCUUUCACAAGCAGAAAUACCUGGCGUCCGCCGAGCGCGCGGCGUUGGCGAAGUCGCUGAAGAUGACGGACGCGCAGGUGAAGACCUGGUUUCAAAACAGGCGGACGAAAUGGAGGAGACAAACGGCGGAGGAAAGGGAGGCCGAGAGGCAGGCCGCGAAUCGGCUGAUGCUGUCGCUGCAGGCCGAGGCCCUCGGCAAGGUGGCAUAUCCGACGACGGUGUCCGGGCAUCCGGGUGGCGCGUCAGUGUCGAGUUUGGAUAGGCAACCGGCAUCGGCGACCGCGCUAACCCAUCCGGUGGGCCAGUGGGCCUCCCCUUACGGCCCGCCGCAGCCCCUCGCCGAGCCGAUUUGCUGAAGCGCGACGACGAUACGAGAGAUUCCCGCCGAGUGAAUCCGCGCGUUCUCGUGUUCUUUCUCGCGUUGGAAAUCGGAACAAAGCCGGAGGACGAAUCGGACAUUAAAGCGACUCGCUCGUUCGCCACAAUUUCAAUCUACAUUUCCGUUUUUUCCUUUUCAUUAUUAAUUUACGCUUUAUGCGAACGAAAGAAUACUCACUCACCGACCGAUCAUAAGAUAACAUAGCAGAGAUUUUUCUUUUCUUUUUCUAGAAUAGUUAUAUGAACUGUAGGCUAUACUAGCAUCGCCUUCCUUCUGCCUUACGAUAUUCAGGCGACCAUCACGAACAUGAAACACGUCCUAAAAGAGCACCGCGAAAUCGAUUGUACAUUGCCUUACACAGCACGUAUUCGGAGCUGUCACCAUUUAUUAGCCACGGCUCGUAAGAUUUUUGCCAUAUAAUUGUUACGGUUUAAACAGUUAAUCAGCGCGGCCGAUAUCGCGCGUGGACCGAUAAUCGUGAAUUUGUCAUGUACGAACAAUCGGGACGCAUUUAACAGCGUCCGUUUACCCGCGCGAAGUGACGAUCAUCGCAAUUAGCUCCACGAUUGACGCGACACAUUAUCGACACAUUAUACGUCUUGGAAUUCGAUGAAAUAGCGUUUCGGAGAUGAAACGCCUCUCCGAAACGUUAUUUCCAGAUCGCAUUAAACGUACCGGACGUUCGAUAAUGUCCUGACCUAUUCGAUCCUUUCCGAAAGAGAAGUUUUCCGCAUCGUGCAUCGUCGAGAAGUACAUCAUCGAUUGCGAAAGUGAGAACUAAGAUCCGUAUUUACAUCUUUAUUUAGCAUCGCGUUUGGCGCAUUAAAUCCGACCUGCUAAUUCUGAUUUUUAUCGUAAAAUGCAUCAGCAAAUUAUCGCGAUAUUGUUGAUAAUUGGAAUUCCUGAAUUAUAUUACAAGUCAAUAAAAAUUAUGAUUUUUGAUAAAUUUAGGAAUCAUCUUCGUGCUUAACAUGUUUUAGUCCACCUUUAAAUUUUUAAUAGAAAAAAUAUCCAUCUCUUAUUGGCCUAUAAUAUAUUUAAACAAUUGAAUACUAGUUUUUCUUUUCCAUUCCAUUCAAAUCAUCUAUUUACCGAAUGAAAAUGUUUUCCUGGUUAAAUGUGAAUACUAAAUCCAAGACGGAACAGUUGACGUGACAUAUCUACGUGUAAAUACUAGGCGCUAUAGUUGUAAUUAGGCAUCAUACUUGUACGAUACGAAAUACUUGUAUACGCAAAAGCGCUGUCGUGCCAACGUACCGACGGCGUACGUUCUCUCUUUCAUUGUUAGAUACGUCCUGUAUAUAAUACUUCGUGCG